AUAUAUGAAACUUUCUACCAGAAGGAAAUCAUCGUUUAAUAUAAAUAGGUCCUAUAAUAUUAUUUGUAUUGUGUGGCGCUCGAUUUGAGCAAACAAAACGUAAGCUAUUUGCCUUACUCAAUAACCUUGAUUAAUAGCUCUUUACCUUACCCACAUCAUAGAUCUAACUCGCCCAAAUGAAGUCACUCGAUUCGUAUAUAUGAAUCAUGCAUAGCUUGAAGGACCUCCUCCGGCUUGAAGUUACGAUACGCAUCACGUGCUACUUAGUCUUAGAUCCAUCGCGCAUGCUUAUUAAAAUCUAUUAUGUCUAGCGUUUGCCCUGUGUGGUCUCCGAUAGCAACAAUUAGUAGCGUGCAGAGAAUUUCAUUUAUUCAUGCAAGUAUUGUCAAGAAGAAGAUGGGGAAGAGAAUACGUAGAAGGUUCAAGAAGGUCAUCAAGACUGUUACCAAGAUCAUCUUCUGUAGAGGUUGCUCAACUCAAGUCAUCCCCAUUGAUGACAAUCAAACUGAUACAAAUCCUAAACAUUCCAAAAUGAAGAAACAGCUCAAGCAAAAAGUAAUGUCAAGGUCUGCAAAAAAUCGAGCUGAGAGGCCAAUCAAUGAGACCUCCACUCCCAUCACUGUGGUUGCUGCCACCAAUUACUCUACUUCAACAAGGACCAGUAUCGGGUCGGUUGAUAGUGAGACCUCCACUCCAAUCACUGCAGUUGCUACCACCAGUCACUCCACCUCAGCAGGGACCAGUAUCGGGCCAGUUGAUAGUGAGACCACCACUGCAGUUGCUACCACCAGUCACUCCACCUCAGCAGGGACCAGUAUCGGGCCAGUUGAUAGUGAGACCACCACUGCAGUUGCUACCACCAGUCAUUUUACCUCAGCAAGGACCAGUAUCGGGCCAGCUCAUAGUGAGACCUCAACCACUGUGGCAGCCACUGUUAGUUCAGCAAGGACCACUGGACCAGAUAGAUGCUCUCCUGAUGCCUCCACUCACACAAAUAUGGUAGAGCAAGAAUAUCUACAGACCAAUGAAGACACUGUUAUGCUGAGUGUAGCAAGUGAACCUGUUGUGAUCUCUAGAACACCUUCUGCUGAGCUCUUGGAAAAACUCGAGAAGUUCAUAGAGAAUCAAGAAGUUACCAGCCGGCCUUUGCCUGAUCAUUGUGAGAUUGUCGAUGCUUCCUUGCCUUGCAACACCGAGCAAGACGAACCAUUGAAACUCUCUGUUUCAGACAUGUUAUGCAUUCAGAAUGAUCCAGACCUGGCGGAUCAUAUUGACAGAUUCCAAGGGGGUGUUACCAAACGAGAACCUCUGUACAUCGUUAUCGAUAUCAAACUCUCAAGUCCUACUAUCUUCCAGUUUGAUCAGCCACUCUUUCGUGAAGGUUGCUUUGCAUCCCGCGUUCACAGAAAAAAGAUAUCUCUAGAAUACUGCUUGUAUGGAUGUGAAAAUGAGUUCACGGGAUUCGUACGGGUGUCUGACUCUGUACCAGCAAAAAAGUUAUUUGUUCAUUACACACUUGAUGAAUGGAAAUCAUGCGCAGACGUUUCAGCCACCUUGAUUAGGACUAAUUACAAAGGAGAACAAACUAAUAGAUACGUGUUUGACCUACCGUACUUUAAUCCUGGCUGCACUGACUUUGCCUUGUGUUUGGAGUCCGAAGAUAGAAAGAGUUGGUGGGACAAUAAUUCUGGCAAGAACUACCGAGUUGGACUCGAUUAUAAUUAUUAGCCACAAACUACAUGUAUACAGAACUCUUAAUACAGCAAUUCAUAUUCAUGAAUUUUUGUAAGCAUGCAGUGUAUAAGUUUCUGCCAGCCACAAUGAACGGUGAACGUAUGAAGUAGAAAUCAGAAAUUUGGGAAGUAGUAUGUUGAG